ACAAGGGCUUCCUGUUCUGAUUGGUCAGCGGCCCAGCUCCCUGUCUUCUGAUUGGUCAGCGGCCCAGCAGUUCAUCGAGUCAAGAUGGCGGCCGCCCUGGUGGAGCAUGUUGUCGCAGAUGCAGCAGCGUUUCUGAAGAAAACUCCUCUCCAGGACAUCGGCAGGAACAUCUACACCCUGAAGGACGUGGUGGACGAGAUCAGAGACAAACCUACCAGGAGGAGUCUGGCCUUCCUCCCCUACCAGCUCCACUUCAGAGAGCCUCACCCAGAGCACAUCAGACAUGUCUCUGAGUUCUCCAAGAAGACCGGCGACUACCCGAGUCUUUCAGCCACCGACAUCAAAGUCCUGGCUCUGACCUACCAGCUGGAGCUGGAGCACGUCGGGUCCCAGCACCUGAGGACGGAGCCCCAGGUCAAGGUCAAUAUCCAGAGCACACAGCGCCACCCAGAGGCUCCAGUUAACGUUGCAGGUUUCCACUUCCCCUCCAAGAAACCUGCUGGAGCUGCAGACGUGCGACAGACGGAGACGACGAGUCGAACCGACAGCGACGCCUUCAACAGCUUCCAGUUCUGGAGAGAGACGCUACCGAGCAUCGAGGGGGACCUGCUGGGGCUACUGAGUCCAGACGUGGAUUCAGACAAACCGACGACCGACAGCGACGCCUUCAACAGCUUCCAGUUCUGGAGAGACCCGGUCCCGAGCAUGGACGAGGACCUGCUGGGGCUCCUGAAAGAGGGCGGAGUCUCAGCACAGACAGAGGAGAGGGCGGGGCAUAGAGUUUCAGAAGACCAAUCAGACGACGAGGACAAAGAGAACGAACCGGAGCAGGAGGAGCAGGAGCAGGAGGAGGAGGAGGAGGAGGAGGAUGGAGGAGGGUGGAUCACUCCCAGUAACAUCAGGCAGGUGAAGAUGGAGUCAGCUGAUUCUACGGCUCCAGUCGACGUCGUGGUCGGAUGUUUGACCACCGACUUCGCCAUGCAGAACGUUCUGAUCCAGAUGGGCCUCAACGUUCUGUCUGUGAACGGGAUGUUGAUCAAACAGGCCAGGAACCACAUCCUGAGGUGUCACGCCUGCUUCAAGACCACCAGCAACAUGAACAAAGUCUUCUGUCCGCACUGUGGAAACAAAACUCUGAAGAAGCUGGCGGUGACGGUCAACGAGGACGGAAGCAUCAAGAUGCACUUCUCCAAAAACCCCAAAGUGAUGAACGCGCGGGGGCUCAGGCACUCGCUGCCGCUGCCUCAGGGAGGGAAACAUGGGAACAACCCUCAGCUGGUGGAGGACCUCCGUCAGCCCCAGCAGAGACUGUCCCGGAAGGCUCGCCAGAAGACGGACGUCUUCGACCCGGACUACGUGGCCGGAGGGUCCCCGUUCUGUGAGAACGACAUCUACAGCCGAGCUGCCAACCUGCACAUCCGAGACGGUCAAUGUGGCGGCGGGCGGCGGCGAGCCAACCCCAACGCCGCCCGCAAGAAGUUCGUCAAGAAGAAGUGAAGAUGCUUUGAGUUCAAUUAAAGCAGCGAACGCAUCUCAGCUGGUGUGUUCACGGACACUCUGACAUCUGAGAACCAGCCAGUUCAUUACAACCUGGACGUUACUGUUGGUGUUGGAUAAUAAAUUAUAAUAUUGUGUUGAA